GUGCUUGUUACUAACGGCUGCGCUAAAGACUGCAGUGUCGCGAAAAAAACGUUGUGGAAGUAACCUGUCGGGGGUCACCUGAAAUGGAAAACAUGUGGCAGUGUCGGUUUUGACAUCUUUACCUGUCAGUUUCAGGAUAUCAGCUUGAAAUGGAUGAUACUGCAGAGGAGCACAACAGGAGUACAGACCAACAGAUGUCCCUACCUGCCUGCAGCUCCCCUCUUUCAUCUCCUAUACAAACAUGGCUGCCAAUCGACCCAUGGAAGAAAAACCCGAGGAUGCAGCAGGACCAGGAUUCUCCGGACCACCAUGCCAGGAUGCAGUGGAGUCCCCCGUCUCCUUUCUAUGAGGAGCUCUUCUGCACGAGCCGGACGUCCAGUGCUUUGGUCCCUCUUGCAGGUGCCCUCAUGUCCAGCAACGUCAGACCGCAAAGUGAUGUGGUCAAACAGGGUUACCUUGGGAAACAGGAGCACAGGCACAGAAGAUAUUUUGUGCUGAGAGGAGGAAGUCACACUGGGCCGAGUCGACUUGAGUGGUACAAGAGUCAGGAGAAGUUCACAGCAGCGGAGAAGGCUACAGGAAAAAGUGCACUGUUUGGAUCAACUAAACAAUGUUUGAUUUACCUGAGGUGCUGUCUUGGUGUGAGCCGCAUCAGCAGUCCCAAAAAAGACCACGCGGUGACGCUGUACGCCAAGGAUCAGACUGUGGUUCUGGUGGUUGAGGACCAGUGGGAACAGGAAGAGUGGUAUCAGGCUAUAAAGAAACUAAUGGAGGAGGAGCGGAAGGAUGAAGAGCAAGGAGAACGGUUGGAUGAAGAGGAUGAUGGGUACUGCACCCUGCCUCCUGCUGCUUUCUUCAAAGAGGCUUGGCCUGUUACUGUGAAGCCUCGCGGUCUUGGAUGUUCAAAGUCCCUGGCAGGGGAGAGCCGACUCUGCCUCACAGUUACGUCCCUCAUCUUGAUCAAAGUUGGUGCAUGCUGUGAUUUACCGUCUGUUACGAUACCGUUGUUGAGCGUUCGGCGCUUUGGCCACCUGGAUGGCUCGUUCUUUUUGGAACUUGGCAGGUCGGCGCCAAAUGGUCCCGGAGAGAUCUGGAUGGAAGCAAGAGAACAAGCAGUAGCGCAGCACAUUCAUGAGGUGAUUCGUGAGACAGUGAAGGAUCUACGGGCUCUUCCUGACUUCAGCCGGUCACCGAUCUCCAACCACAACCAGCUCCAAAGCCUCCUGUCCUUGAAACGCUGCCGACCCAAACACAGAGACAAACUGCUGAACGUGAGACCACUUGGCACUCGCCUAUCCCUGCCUCUGAGAACCCCUGAAAUCCAUACAAGUCCAACAGGGAGCACCCUAGAGCUCCAAAAACUCAACAAAACUGAGCCAGAAUCUUCUCUGAGCUGUGCCACACCACUCAGAUCACAUCAGAGCUCUGUGCCUGAGACCAGUAGCUACAUGGAAAUGAAGACGGACCAUCAUCCCGCAGAAACUGAACAAAUGCCUGUGGUCAACGAGGACCACAGUGUGACAGAGAGGUGCAAGCCAAGUCAGGAGGAGGAGGGGCUGGGGUACAUGUUGAUGUCACCACAGGUGGGCUCCAGUUCAUUCACGCUGCCUCAGGAUGACUACAUGACCAUGGCGAGCCCACAAAAACACGAUGUGCAUGUCUACAAUUCUCUACAGACAUCAUUCAGCAGCUCUAUUUCUGACAGCGGCUCUCCCAUACGCCUGUCAAAUCAUCACCCCAGCGAGCACAGUCCACCAAAAUGGCCAUUCAUCUCAAUCCAAAGCAUAGAAACCAAAGCCGGCCAAUCACAGGGGAGCAUCUGCAUUUCCACCCGACCACAGGAUGAGGCCGGACAGGAGGAGAAAUCAGCUGAGCCUGAACAACCCCCAUCAAGAACCAGGGUCACCUCAUCACCUGUUAGGAGUGAAAAUAGGUGUAACUUGAUUAUUUCUUUUCCUAAAAAUGAUCCAGGCUGUACCAGUCCAGUCCAGGUGAACCCCAAUGAAGGAGUAGGUCAACCUGGUCAGCUCCAAGCUGCAUCAGAUAAAUCUGUCCGAAGAUCUCGACUAUCUUUGUGUCUGCUUUCAUGCUUUAAAGCUGAGGACAAACCCUGAGUGUUUAUAAGAAGUCUCUAUUAUUGUACAUCUGUAAUCAAAUCAGGAACUUGAUUAUAGUUGUGCAGCAGAAAAGCACAUCAUUUGACUGAAAACGUAGACCUGAUGACAGAAUAAUGGAGUUAGAUAUUUCAGAAUAAAUAAAUGUUUGGCACAGAAUAUUUGAGAAAGUAAAAAUCAAGUAAUUAUGAAAGACAUUUAGGUUUUUAUGGUUUACAUUCACUGUUUAUUUUCCCCUUGGUUUGAUUUAAAUUCACCCUAGAUUUUGUUGUAAAGGACACAGCAUUUGAUCCACUAUUGUAUACAAAAGAUAAAUAAAGAAUAAAGUCACAUGA